GUCGACAACAAUGUUCUGAUAACUACAGACUACGCAUAAUGUUUAACGGUCAUAGCCUCUUUCUAAUAAACUCGUUAAUUAUUAUAAUUUAUCGUUUUUUUUCCACGUAACAUUCUGAUGAAUCGUUCUUCACUAAAUACUAUUAUCGUUGUCGAUUUGUAUUGUAAAGUUUAAGCUCGUAGUUAAAUAAUAGUCGACAAUUUUCCACAGCUGUGUAGCAUUCUGCAUUUUCCGUGUUUACUGUUUUUGAUGUCUUGUUUCCGCCACUCUGUUUAAGGUAAUAACUAUUAAUAUUGUAUUGUAGUGAUGUGAUUAAGUUUUCGUGUAAAAAUAUGUAUGCACUACUGCGUUAAAUUUUGACGGUAGCUAUAUUUAUUAAACCAUAUAAAACCAUAAGCUAAUUUGAUCAUUACUGUCACUUAAAUGUCUAUCAUUGUCAGUCGUGAUAUGUUUUUGAAUAUUAGAAACUGUUCAAAAUUCUGGUUAUCGCUUUGAUUAGUGUACAAAUUAGACAAAAAGUAAAAAUUUAUAUUAAUAAAAACUUAAUAUAGUAGCGGACUGGAGAGAAUAAUCCUCCCAGAAAAAUUAAAGUUCAAGUGGCCUUCAUUAGGUAACAGCCAUCAUUAUUCUUAAUUAAAUUGUUUCUUUCUUAAAUUGUUUCUUCUAAAAAAAUAAAACCAAUAUAUAUAUAUAAAUAUAUAGGUAAUAUUUAAGACCUUAAUCAGAGAGUGGCCACCGACAUUUUAUCAAUGGAUAUGGAUGGUGCCAAUGUGCUAUUUUCUGUUCAAAUAUUGUUAUCAGCAUCGACUAAAUCUAGUUUUUAGUAAUCCACCUAUAUCUGUUUUGUAAUUACCAUCUAUUGAGAUGUAUGGCUUGGGCAAUUUAACAAUUGGCUUAUACAUGAUAAAUUAUUGGUUUUUAGACAUUUAAUUCAUACCCGUUGUUUUAAUUAUGAAAUUGUUUCUUUCCUUACAACUCCAGGCCUGUGCUGGCAAUCUCCAUUAAAAUAAAUGGAAGUAAAUACUAUAACUUAUGUUUUAGUUACUUCAUGUAAAUUAUAAAAUAACUUUAAAGUAUGUGACCUUAAAAAUCCAAAUUAAGCUAGUUGUAUUCAGUCUACUUAAGUAUAUUUUUAUUCAAGUGUUAUAGUUGGGCCGAAACACUAAAUGCUAAUGGUAUCAUAUCCUCUUAACAAAUAUGUUCAGAAGUAGGUAAUUGAACUUGCAGAAGUUCUGUAAAACGUGUAUAAAUAUCAUAUUAUGUAUAAGUAUCCUGUUUGAAAAAUGUUAGAAAAACAUUAAAAUAUUAAUUGAUAAUAUUAUUUAGACAACAUUUUAUCAUUGAUCAUUGAUGACAAGAACCAAUUAGAAAUAAUAGUACCGGUGUCCUCUCUUACUUUAGGCUCUAGAUAAUAUUAGUGUACAUCAUAUUAAUAUUAUUUAUAUAUGUCUAUUUUUAAAGAAUAAAUCAAAUAAGUAGAAACAAAAUUAGUUUUUUUUAUAUGAAUGUCUGCCUUUUAACAAAUUACUUUUUGAUUUUAACAACUCAAUUUUUUCAUCACUUUGAAUAUUAAUUCUCAAUUAUUUUUCUAUUGCCACCAUCUAGGAUUUUAUCAUUUCAAUAUAGUAGUAUAGUAAACAUAUAUAUAUAUAAAAAAAAAUGUGUGUAUAGAAAUAAAAAUGAAUGAAUGAAUAUUUCACCUGAAGUAUUAUGACAAUUGUAUUAUAGGGUUUUAAAUUAAAAAACAGUAAUAAUGUAAAAUGUGACUGAUUAUAAAAAUCAAAUGAAGGAAUAUAUAGAAAAAUAAAUUAUACUAAUUGGUCAUUUAACAUAGACAUAAUUUAUUUUAAUAAAUACCCAUCUAAAUAUAAGAUAUUAUUUUAAAUGGGUAAUUAUUAGAUUUAGAUAUUAAUAUAUACACAAGAUUGAUAACUGCAAUUUCUUUUAAGUAUUUGAUUUGAUAAGGCAACACACAAAGCAUUUAGAAUAAAAACAAGUUUUAGACAAAUAAUAAACUUAAAUAGAAUAAUAAUUAUUCAUUCUAGUUAUUUUUAUAUGAUAUACAGAAGAAAACUGUAUCUUUGUUGAAGUGUUUUUGUUUUUUAAUAAAGAUUUACAAUAAGUUAUGAAAUUAUAAACAUCGUGGUUUUAUGUAUUUUUCUAAUGCAUACUUAUACAAUAAAAUCGAGUAUUUUUGAGAAAAAAAUGUUUCAGUCCAAAUAUUAUUAAUAUUUUCAUUAAUAUAAAUUGAACAUUUCAUGUAGGUAUGUUAAUUUUAUUUUUCAAGUUUCAUAAUCAUACAUUAAAAUAUACAGCAAUAUGACUAUUAUUAGCUAUAACCUAGGGUUGCAUUGACCUACAUUGGGUAGGGAAAUUCUAGAUUGGUUUGAUUUAAAAUAAAUAAAUUUGUCCUACAUUCAAAAAUAUUUUAAAUUUUCUGUAGGACAGUUUUACAUUUCAAUAACUAGGUUUAUAUUAUACAUUAUAGUGUAAAGAAUAUAAAAAAUAUGUUUGGUUAUAUUAAAUUUUAUUAAGUUUUCUUUUAUUAGUUAAAUAUACUGUAUUAUUCAAAGGUUUAUUAUAAUGCAAGGAUGGGCAACUGGUAGGCUGCGUACCAAUUUUACUGGCUCAUCCUACAUUUUCAAAUUAAUUAAUAAAUACCAUAUGUAUAAAUAAUUAAAUAAAAAAAAAUAAAUGUCAGUUAUAUCAUCGCUUAUUCAAUUAAAUAUUAUAUAAGUAUGUGAAUGUGACAGUACACUCACUUGGCAAACAAAUCAAGACAAAAAUCAAAGAAAACUGUAAGAAAAAAAUUAUUUAAAUUUNAAUAUAAGAUAUUAUUUUAAAUGGGUAAUUAUUAGAUUUAGAUAUGUUAAGAAAUAUAAAUUAUUUGGUUAUUAUUUAUUAUCUAAAAUGUAUUGAUAUAAUAAAAUAUUAUUUUUAAAAUCAGUUUUUACAUUUAAAAUAUUAUUCAAAUUAUUUUUCUAUAUUUUAUUGUAUAUAUUAAUGUAAUUCUAAUUUGGUUAUUUAAUAUCUGUUUGUACCAAUAUCAAGGCUUAUAUUUUGGUUAUUUUCUAAAACAUAUUUAGUUAAAUUUAAAUUAGAGACAGACUUUUAAAAUUUUAUUUCAGAAAUGUAUUCUUUAUAUCAUAUUUUAAAAUUUCUAUUUGCCUUAACUAUAUAACAUUGAUUACAGAUACAUUCAAGUUUAUAUAUAGCAGCAUUUUCAAAAGAAGGAAGAUUCUCUGUAAAGUUUUUAGUUCUAUUGUUUAUAUGUUUGAAUAAAUUAUUAUUAGUCUUAAAAGUGACUUUUACAUUAUUUGUAUUGUUCAGAAUUCUAGUAAAUUCGUUAGAUAUAUAAUGGAAUUCACAAAAAAAACUUUAAAUUGUAAUAAUAAUAAUAAUAAUAUUCAAAGCUUAACACAUAACCUAACUAUAAUUUAAAUUAAACAAAUUUAAAAACUGAUAACAAAUUCAAAAGAAAUUACACCUAACAUCCAAAAGAAAAUAUUAUGAAAAUCUGAUUAUAAAAUAAAGACGCCACAUACAUCCAUUCAUAAAAUAACAUACACGAGGUAAUCAUUAAUCAAUUGACCAUUAAUUAACUUUAAAACUGCUCCAGCUAAAUACCUUGCUAAAUAUUUAGACUUUCUCACGAAAGAAAAAUUAAACAUGAAUACUGAUACUUCUAUAAAAAAAAAAACACUUAUAAUUUUAUUAAAAAAAUUAAUAAAAUUAAUAUUGAGCCAGAUUCAAAAUGGUUUUUCUUUUUGUCAACAAUUUAUAUACGUCCAUUCCUAAACAACUAUUUGUUUUUAAGUUUUUAAAAAAAAAUUUCCUGAAUAAAGUUAUUACUUUCUGAGAUAAUGAGUAUUUUCAGUUAAGUGAAUCCUGUAUAUAGAAAUAUGUGCAAUUUGUAUAUAAAUUAUGUACAUACUAAAAAAAAAAAUACUGAAUGGAGAAAAAUCAAAAUAAAGUUUACUUUAUUGAAUUUAGACUGAUUCAAAAUGUAUUUAUAUGUAUGAAUUAAUUUUAACCGAAAUCCCUUCAAAUGUAGUAAUUGCUAUAAAGUUUAAGCCUUACUGAUCACUCACUAAAAAUGUUAGUGGAUGACUGAUUACAUUUAAAAGAAAGAUACUGCAAAGUAUAUACAAAAGUAUGAACAGUUAUAGAUUUACAAGAGAAGAAAAAAAUUUAAAUUAGCUUUUAUUUAAUUUCAUGUCCUUGUUUAUUUUAGAAUGCCACCAAUAACUCGACAUCAGUCAAAAAAAUCCACUUUUAAGCCUGAACCAUAUUCAAAAGAGAACCGUCCAACAGAAAAAAGAAGUGCAUUACAAAACUUAGUUGGAAAUAAUGUUAGUGAAUUUUAUUAUUUAUAUCAAAACCACAUUAUUUGGUUUACAACUGUAUUUAGUUUUAAANGUAUUUUUAAAAAUGACAAUAUUACGAAAACUGAAAACACGAAUAGGCUUUCUCAGUCAAAAAGUGAAAUUUCUAAACCAGUUGAUACUAAAACUCCAGAGUAUAAUUUGAUUUAUUCAUUUGCUUUUUUAAAAAUAAAUUUGAUUACUUUUGUUAUAGAAUCAUCCAUCCUUCCAUCAAUAAUACAAAAGAGAUUACAUUAUACCAUUCAAUAAUUGAAGAACAAACCAGUUCUAAAGAUUCUCAAACAACUGAAGAAUUAUAUGAAACUGCAGUUGACAAAACUCAAAGACAGUCUCUUGAAAAUAAUACUUCAGAAUUAUACCAUUCUACUGUACAAGAACCAUUGGUGCCGAUGUUAGUGCAUUUAUAUUAUGUUUUAUUUUUAUACUGUAUUAACAUUGAUAUUUAUUUAUAGAAGUACAAAUAAUUGUAAAGGAGAUACCUUUAGAGAUAUAUUUGAAAUAGAUGAACGUAAUUGGAAUAAUCUUUUACAUGUUGGUUGUUAUGCUCGUGAUAUUUUUGAAUAUCUCCGCUAUAGAGAGGUUAGUUACUUAUUGAAAAAAUAUUGAUACCAAUUCCAUGAUAUAUAUUUCUUUUUUCUUUUUAUAGAAGCAGUUUAAUGUAUGUGAUUAUAUUAGCAUCCAAAGUGAAAUAACCCCUAGGCAUCGUGCUAUAGUUGUGAAUUGGUUAGUUGAUUUACAAGAAAUUUAUGGUUUAAAUCAUGAAGUAUUAUACAUGGCUGUCAAAAUAAUGGAUUUGUAUUUAAUGAAUAAUACAAUUGAAAAAGAUUCCUUUCAACUGUUAGCUUCAGGAGCAAUUUUAUUAUCUAGUAAAAUUGAUGCAAGUUUAAAGAUUACUUUUACCUUUUAAUUUGAUUUUAUGUGUUAUAGUAUAAUGUUUUAUAAAUUUUGUUUUGUGUAGGUAAGAGAGCCAGGUUUUCCAUAUGAUCUAGUGAAACAGAGUAAGUACCUUUUUACGGAAGAUGAACUGUUUCUCACUGAAAGAGAAGUAGUCAAAGCUUUAAAUUAUGACCUAAACAUUCCUUUGUCAUAUGGAUUUUUAAGACGAUUUGCCCGUGUAAGUAAAAUUAUGUUUUUAUUUUAUACUAUUAAGAUAAUUGUUAAUUUUAAUUCAAUUUUCAGUGUAUGAAAUGUCAAAUGUUUUUAUUGACAUUAGCCAGAUAUAUAUUGGAAUGCAGCUUAUUAGAUUAUACAUUUGUUAUUUUAAAAGAAUCAUUGAAAGCUGCAGCAUCAUUAUAUUUAGCUUUUAAAAUGUGUUCACAUUCAAUUGAUAGAAAUGAAUUCAACAAGGUUACAGGUACUGUUAAAUUAUAUACUAUAAUAUUAAUGGCACCUAUUUGAAAAAAAAAUUAAAUGAUGCUAUUUCAUUUUGGUGUAUACUUUUGCUAAGAUCAUGUUUUAAUGUUAGGUUUUAUUUUUAUUUUCCCAGUAAAUAAAGAAAUGUGAAAUUGACACCCAGAUUGAAAAAUAAAUAUAUAAUUUUAAAAAUACUAAUCAUAAUUUAACUGUAUAUAUUGUUAUGUAUUUUUGCCAUUUAAAAAUAUUUUGAAGAAUUUUUCCAUUUAUGUCAUUUUUCUUUUUGUAUACAUACUUUUAGGUUAUUCUGUUUGUGAAAUUAAAGAUAUAGUUAUUGCUCUUAAUAAUAUGUUACGCACUCAAAGUCAAGAUUUAUGUGCUGUCAAACAAAAAUAUAUGCAUGAGUAAAUAUUAAUUUUAAGAAAAUCAUAAUAUAAUAGUAUUUACGAAAUAUAUAUAUUGUUGUUUCAGGACUUUUUUUAAAGUUGCUAGCAAGCCAUUACUAAGCAAUUCAAAACUUAUGUUUGACUGAACCAUCAAAGUCAUCUUCAAAAUUUUUAUUUUGUUGUAUUAAGUAGUUAAGUAUAUAUCUAUAUAAAUAAUAAUAAUUUUUUUUUUCACUUGAUUUCUUUUAGAGGGGGUUUUUUCUGUGAGUAUUUUUUUAACAAGAAAUUACAUAUGUAAAAGUAAAACUGUAUAUCUAUUAAUCAUUAUUCAUAUUAGUUUUGUAGUUAAAUACUUUGUUGAGUUACUUUAACAUGAUUCAUUUCAAUUGCUAUUGUUUUAAAUUUACGAUUUUAACUGGUUUAAACAUAUCCAAAUGUAUACAUUUUGUGUUUGGGUAUAUUAAUUAUAUAAUCACAUAAGACUUGUAUUGUUUCUUUAUUAAGUUUUAUUUUUGUCAUAUUGAUAAAAAUUAUAAAUUCUGUUGUCAACAAUGACCAAUAAUUAUUGUAUACUUAGUAGCGGGUUUACUUAUAAAUAUUACUUAUUUUAAAAUUGUAUAGAACAUUUAUCUGAAACAUGUUAUGAAUAUAAAUAAAACUUAUAUUUCAAAAUUUGUUAUUUUGUCAAGCUGAAACAAUACUUGUUUUAAUAUACUUAUGCUAUUUUUACA